GACCCGAGCUCACUAUAAAAGAUGGGGCCGGUCAGGGCGCGCGGAGCUGCUGACAGGACCUGGUCAGAAGUGGUCCCCCGAGCAGAGCUUCAGCCCCAGCGCCCAGGGCAGCACGAAGCAGCGGCUCGAGGCACGCACUUUCUCCUCCGAGCCCGCUUAGGGCGCCCGCCCCGGAGCCCCCGCAACUCCCGGCCACGGUCCACGCAUCCCCGGAGGACCCCUCGCCUCACCUGCGCUUGCCACGCCCCGUCCGGCCGCCGGGAUGAGCGAGCUUAACACAAAAACACCCCCAGCAGCCAACCAGGCAUCUGACCCUGAGGAAAAAGGGAAGGCUGGCAGCAUCAAGAAGGCGGAGGAAGAGGAGGAGAUCGACAUCGACCUGACAGCUCCCGAGACAGAGAAGGCUGCCCUUGCAAUUCAGGGCAAGUUCAGGCGAUUCCAGAAAAGGAAAAAGGAUUCCAGUUCCUGAGUGGCCAGUCUUCCCUUCACCCCUCUGCUUCCUCUCUCCCCUCCACAGCUCUGACUCUCAUGUGUCUUGUCCCUUUAUCCCCAGACUCUCCUGGAGGCAAGCUUAACCUUUGUAUAUUCUUUUCUCAGGCUCUCUUAAGCUCUCACAGUAGUAGAGACGCAAGGACAUGAGAAGACUUGUUGGUAGUCACUAGGCUAAGGGUGGAUCAGUCCCUUGCAGAGAACAAAAGGUUUUGAGGUAUGACCCUCCCCUACCCCUAAUGCUAAGGGCAGGAUGGGAAAGCCUUCAGAGCGCAGUGCCUGAGGGUGGGGUCCUGUGUAUUGUGCCCGUUGCAGCCUUCAGACUUCAGGUAACACUUUCAGGUCCUUCUGCAGCACCCCAUUCAACUCCCAGGAGUCAGCCGAGAUGCAGCUGCCCCUUCCCCUGGGCAGACAUAAAUCAAGGAGCUUGCAGAGUGCAGUGGUGCAUGCCUUUAGUCCCAGAACUUGAAAGGCAGAGGCAGGUGGAUCUCUCUAUGUUCAAGGCCAGCCAGGGCUACAUAGAGAGAGACCUUGUCUCAAAAAAACCUGCACCCCCCCCCCCAAAAAAAAAAAAAUCAAGCAGCUUAACAUAUUAGUGCAUGCUGAGUAGAUUCCAUCCAAGGAAAGAAAGCAGAUAGAGAGGCAAGGAAAAUCUUCCUUCAUUGUCCAUUCUGAAAUCAGAGGAACCAGAGAUGGCAGAAGGUCCAGAGGCCAUAAGCUAAGAAAUGAAAACUAGGAAACAUUUAGGAAGGAAAGAAGUAAAGAAAGGCAAGAUGUCUGAAGCUACAAGUUAUCAUUAAAUAAAUACUACAUGAGGGUCUCUCUGGCCUUUGCUGAUCUGCCUGUCUCUCAAUGCACCCCCAUCUCUCGUCAUCCCCAGAGCCACGUGAGCCAAGUGACACCCCUAUAGUUCUCAGCCACCCCACUGUGGAGUCAGGGCAAAAAUAGCCACUGUAUGUGAUUUUGGCAUGUUAAAUAAUCAUAACAAUAAAAAAGCCCUCAAAUGGGGCCGUUGAACCUC